AUGGCGCUACUCAAUUUUACCCUCAGUGAAGAAGGUGUUUCCGCUUUUCGCGAUGCCCUCAUUUGCCUGAACAAGUUCAGCGACGACGUUUCACUCGAGGCCCGCAAGGAUUCAUUUAUUCUCACUACUCUCAACACCUCAAAAUCUGCUUACGCAAGUGUCAGAUUUGCGACGACCAAGUUCUUCUCCCGGUACCACUACCAAGGAAGUCGCCAAUUUCGUGACCGUUUCUACUGUACCCUCUAUAUCCGAGCUUUAAUCUCUUUAUUCCGAAGCCGUACGGCGCCUGACUCACAAAGGGAUGCAGAGAAGCAAACGCUCAUCGACAGAUGUGAUGUUGCAGUUGAAGAUGGAGAGGGAGUUCAAAGUCGAUUCAUCGCACGUCUCAUCUUUCGAAAUGGACUGACAUCUACACACCGUCUCCCAUUCGAGGCUUCCGUACCAAUCCACGCCAAGUUCAACAAACAAGAUGCCCCCCACCACUGGACAAUCUCUUCACGCACAUUGCGGCAGCUCAUGGAUCACUUUGGUCCCGGUAUCGAGUUCCUCGAUAUCAACACUGAUGGGGAUCAUGUCAAUUUUACUUGUUUUAGUGAGAAGACUGUGAGCGAGGAUGCGGUCUUGAAAAAGCCACUCCAAACGUCAAUCGCUGUCGAGGCGGAUGAAUUCGACGAGAUUGAUGUGGAAGACAAGCUCCAUAUUGUCAUAUCCGUCAAAGACUUCCGCGCUAUUAUUCAACAUGCUGGCAUCACAGGCAACGAGGUGUCAGCCCGAUACUCAAUUCCUACACAACCCAUCCAGCUUUCGUAUACUGGCGAUGCCAUGUCAUGCGAAUUCCUUGUCAUGACUGUUGGCGAGCGCGGGACCAACACUGGCCAGAGGACUAAGAAAGGACGCAAGAACGCAACUCAGAAUACUGGUCCGCGUCUGGAAGCCACAUCACGGCGGCCGAGCAUGGCUCCUCCAGAGUCACAACCAGCACCCGCGCCAGCGCCUCCUCCCCCAUCAUUACCUCAGCCUAACCCAACACCACAGAUGAGCGCUGCUAGAGCCAGCGCUUCGCGCGUAGGGGCGUUUGAUCUUCGACCCUCGCAGAGACCGGCACCGCCUGCGACUAACAGAUCCGAGAGUCUAUUCGUUGAGGAUGAAGGCUGGGAACCUAUCAACUACGAGGAUGAAGAGCUUGCAGAGGACAAUGCUAAGCUGGGAUGGGAUCAUAGCAUAGAUCCUAACGCUUCUGAUAUGGACACGAGCCGCUUCUUGGAGAACCUUGCUCCUGUUGAACCCCAAGCCGAAAUUCCCCACCCACCACCAACAGAUGCUGAAUCAACAUACAUUGAGCCAACACAAAAGUUGACAGAGGUCGAAAGUCUGGCCCUGUUCCCCGACUAA